AUGCCGAGCCAAGCACCACACAUCUUUGUGUGCCGAGAAAGACACCAGAUUCGGAUCCUCAACUAUAAUUCCAAACCGGCCGCUGGGAGCAGCUCAACAACAGCGUGUGCAAGCUCCUUUGGUGAAGUUAUCCUAAAAACAGCAACCGUUUACAUUACAGGCCCAAAUGGAAAACAAAUCCGAGCGAUUCUCUUCCUCGACGAUGGCAGCCAUAGAACAUGGAUUAAACGGCAGAUUUCGAAAGAACUUCAACUGAAGAUCAUCCAGGUGGAACAGAUCGCGACUAGGGCCUUCCGGCAGACAGAAGCCCCUCCAGCAGAAACUCACAACGUAGUCGAGAUGACGGUGCGGGGCACCUGGCCAGGAGCCCCAACGGUGCGUAUUGAAGCUUUAGAAGCAACCGACAAAGUUGGAAGCACCGGCCCGUACCAAACUACAGAAUUUGCAAGAAAGCUGUGGCUGGAGAAUGAAAACUUGGCAGACGACCGCUUCGAACGUGAAGGUGGAGACGAGGACGUCGGAAUUCUUGUUGGAAUGGACCAAAUGUUUAACAUCAUGUUCAACGAGCCAGCAACUAUCAGCCCGUGCGGACUCAGAGCCUACACGUCCAAACUUGGGAAAGUCAUCGGCGGCCCAUGGCAAGAAAAAUCGUCAAAACAAAGUCAAACAAUUGUCAGUCAACUACUAAUUAAUUCAAAUCGCUCUCUACCACAGAUCACCUCACAGCCAUCGAAAUUUCUCAACAGCAUCCAACAAGACCAGUCGGAAAGCAGGGAGACAGAAAAUUCCAGUCUCCUUCCACUACCAGAAAAUUCUGAACAGAUCUGCUUUUUCGACACGACAAAAGAAAACAAAAGGUUUGAAAUGGAGAAGUUGAAUUUUGAUCUCUCGUUAUUUUGGCGUCUAGAGAAUUUCGCCAAUUUGAACGACUGUGUUGCUGUGGAGAAGGACGAUCAAUUCCGCUCCUUCUGCGACGAAAUCACGCGAUUCGAAGACGGCAGGUAUUGCACGCCGAUCCCAUGGACGACUGACAGAUGGAGACUGGAAAUCAACCACCAGAUGGCAGCUACAAGAUUAAGAAGCAUGCUGUUCAAACUACGCAAAUCUCCAGUCGACUUGGCAAACUACACCAAAGAAAUCAAUCAACUGAUAGCAAACGGAUUCGUAGAAGAGGCCGACUUCAAUUACGAUGGCCUCCACACUUAUCUACCGCAUCAUCCAGUUUACCGGACGGACAAAGCCACCACAAAAAUUCGACCAGUUUUCGACGGCGCCGCAAGAUCCAAAUAUGGGCCAAGCCUCAACGAUGUUUUGGAGACCGGACCGAAUCUAAAUCCUGAUCUCCUCUCGGUCUUAAUGCGCUUCCGGAUGAACCAGAUCGCCUGGAUUGCGGAUAUUGAAAAAGCCUUUCUCAACAUCGCGCUGCAACCCGAAGACGCCGAAGCGGUCAGAUUUUUAUGGCCGAAGGAGCCGAAAAAUCCCGACUCCGAUUUCAUCGCGUACAAAUGGAAACGAGUUCCAUUUGGGCUAAGUUCAAGUCCAUUUCUUUUAAGAGUAACCAUUAAUAAACAUUUGCUCUCAGUCAAACCCAGAUUUCAGAAGACAGUCGAACAAAUAGAAGAGCAACUUUACGUGGAUGACUACCUUGGAGGAGCAGACAACGUGCCAACAGCCAUUACCACGGUGGGAGAGACCGUCACGUUAUUCUCAGAGGCCCAACUCAACAUGAGGAGCUGGGCAACAAAUAACAAGCAGCUCCGUGACUUUCUCACCGAAAAAGAAAUGUCGAACCAGAUUGUCGGAAUCCUUUCUCCCACAAUUGACGGCCAGCACAAGGCACUGGGUCUUAGAUGGGACACGAGCUCCGAUUCAUUUAAAUUUGACCCUACAUCUAUAAUGGAAGCAGCCGUGGAGAUUGGAGAAAAAAUCACCAAAAGAAAAAUUCUGAGCAUUUCAGCAAGAAUAUUCGACCCAAUUGGAGACAUAGGUUGGGACGAUGACGCCACACCCGAAGUGAAGAACACCUGGAGCAGCAUCAUGAAAGGACUGAAGGAUCUACAUAAUUUGGAGAUCCCACGAUGGAUUGGAUAUUCAAAACCCUCCGUCGUCUCCGCAGAAAUUCACGUGUUCGGCGAUGCAUCAGAAGCAGCAUACGGAGCAGUAGCUUACGCACGGCUCCAACUGGAGAACGGCAUUCCUUACACCAUCCUCCUUGCCAGCAAAACUAGAGUGGCGCCUCUUCCAAAAAAGAAAGAGAAAAAAUUCGAACCUCCCUUCACACCGAGUCAUGGAAAACGACUUACUGGACAGAUUCCCUCGUCACACUCGGAUGGAUUAGAGGAGAUCCUUAUCGUUGGAGACCGUUCGUGCGAAACCAAGUGGAAACCAUCAGACAAUUUUCCAAUGCGGAAUGGUGGAGAAAUUGCCCCGGAUUGGAGAAUCCAGCCCAUCUCGCUUCGCGGGGAGCGCCAGCGCAUGCGCUGGUGGAAUCGAAACUUUGGUGGCACGGACCAGCCUAGCUAA